AUGCGGCAGGCUGGCCGAAGCGAUCCAGACACAUCUCCUCGCAGCGCUCUAGGUCUCAGAAAUGCCCCCGUCGCCUUUCGGCCCUUCCCUCCAAGUGUCGUCCUCCCUUCAGCCACCCAGGGUGCUCCUGCAGCUCGGCGGUGCGAGCGGCAGCGCCUCCCGCUCCUCCCCCGGCCCUCCCCGCCCCACCUGCCCCGUUCCGCCGGAGCGCAGCGCGGUCGCGGGGCGGUGCGGAACCCCCGCGGGGCCGCCCCGCGCCCUCCCCGCCCCGCGGCGCCGUCCCCGCCCCCAGCGGCGGCGGCGGGUCCCUGGCGAGGGCUGGGCAGGCCGGGCCGGGCCGAGCCGGGCGGGCGGCACGGCGGGAGCAGGUGCGGCCGCCCGGCACCGCGGGGGCGGAGCGGGGGGCGGUGGCGCCGGGGCCGGGGCCGGGCCGGCAGGUGGGGGCUGCCGGGAGGCGGAGAGCGAGGAGCCGGGCGGGUUUUCCUGCCCGCCUCUGGAGGUGCGGCCGGCGGCACGGCGCGGGGAGCGGACUGCCGCGGGAGGCGCACGGCGGCAGCGGUGGUGGUGGCAGUGGCGGCCGCGGUGGUGGUGUCCGCGUCCGCAGCCCGGGCCGCGAAGGGGCCGGCGGGGCCCCUUGCUGCAGAGCCAGAUGUGCGGGACGCGGGGCUGCGACGGGUCGGCGGGGAGGUGCUGGGGGCUGCCGCCGCCGCUGCUGCCGCGGCCAGGGGGGAGCCCUUAGCUGUGCGGGAAGCGGGGAAGCCGUGUCGGGAGCUGUUAUUUUCUUCUCCUCCUUCCUUUGCCUUCCCUCUUCUCCCUCCUCCCCCUCCUCACCAAAACCGGGAGAGGAGGCGUGUUCGGUGCCUUGCUGCACCGGUUUUGCUUGGUUUGUUGUUGCAGGGUUUCGUUCGCAGGGUCGUUGUGUUUUGUUGUUUUGUUUUUGGUUUUUCCUCCUUUUCCAUCCCCCCCUGCCUUCUCCCUUCCUCUCUUUUGGCCCAUUGCAUGCUCGGAUCCGGCUGGAUCCUUCCUUUUAUUUUCGGCUGUGCCUCUCGGAAGGGGGAAGGGAGAGCUGGGAUGAGUGCAGCUUGA